AUGCUCACUCAAUACCGGCCUACAGUUAACAAAGAAGGAUAUGCAACAGAGAGGCCAAUUGCAAAGAGGCUCAUGAGGUAUAUGAAGUCAAAGGAGAUCAAAAGAGCGCACAAACGUACACACACGACACUAGAACCAGUGUCUCGAACCCCGUUACGCAUAGGAAUAGCCGAAGAAGAUGAGAGACCUAAGGACACAUUAAGGCCUCAAGUAGAAGGAGAGAUGGUGAGGGUAAGUGCAGAGCGAGCGAGAGAGAAAGAAAGAAAACGAGAAGAGGCGAGGAAAAAGAAAGUUGAGAGGGAGAGGAAGAAAAAGGAAGAGGCAGAUCGAGCAAAGCAAGAGAAAUUGACUGAGCUUGCUCAUGUUAGAGCAGAGGAGGAGCGAGCAGAAAAAGCUCGCCAGACAGAGAUCGCUCGUUUGAGGGAAGAGGCUAGACUCAGAGUAGAGGAAGAAACUCGUCAACACUUGGCUCAAUCCUCUAGUUGA